AUGUUGGAUGACGUCCACAGCAACGACGAUCAUCACCAACAUCAUCAUAGUAUCGAAGAGGUCAGCAUCAAUGAAUAUAGCGAACAUGACAACGACGAUGAUGACCUGAUCGAGCAAUCCCCAUCAUGUUUCAAGAGCACAACAUGGAUACAUCUAAAAUACCUCCUAGACAUCAAGAACAACAAGAAGUUCUAUCUCGCCGCACAGAUCAUCACAAGGAUUGGAUUCCUGGCCAAGUCCUUGAUGUAUAUCACUCUGGGAUGUUUGUCAAUCGCGGCGGCGGUCGACAAGCAUAGACAACCAUGGGGACCGGCGGGAGCGUUUGCGGAGCUGGAGGAGAUGUUCUCUGGCGGUGUUAUAUUCUUGCUCAUCAUUGGUCUAUGGUGCUAUGGAUCGUACGGUAUAUUCUUUGUCGUCUUUGACAUUGAUCAACUGGGGCGCAAGACUGCUGGUGCCAUCCUCAAGCGAUUCGGUAGGAUCUUCUCAUCAGGUUUCUACUUUGUUCUUGGCAUUGACGCGGCACAAGUACUGGCGCACACCAGGGAUGGCGAGACACACUCUGGUACCGAGCAAAUCUUAACAUGGUUGUACAAGAGCAUACCUGGACAGAUCAUGGUAUGCGUGAUUGCGCUGGUCUUCUUUGUCGUGGCGAUCGUCUACUUUGUGUACAUUAUCAAGCCUGACAAGUUCAAGAAGGAGUUGUCGACAGAGCGAAUGACAAAGAACCUGUAUUACUCAGCGUUGGCCUUUGCGAGAAUCGGUGCCAUUGGUCGCUCGAUGUUCUUUGCCGCCUUUGGAUCAUGUCUGAUCGAAGCCAUUGUAAAACUGCAUCAUGGCGAGCAGGGUGACACCACUUUACUCGGCUUCCAAGGAGUGUUCCGUGCGAUUGCCAAGUUCAACUCGACGCUGCUCUUUAUCAUCGCGUCGCUCAUCGUGGUCUAUGCGUUCUGGUGUCUGUGGCUGGUGUUCUUCCGACGUCUGCCUGGUCAUGCCGAUGCCAAAGUAGCCCGCGAACUACUAGGCAGUAAGCUAGAUCCCAAUCUCCGCUUCAACGGUAUUCUCUUUAGCAUACCAAGGCGUGUCAAUGACAUUGAAUUCAACUAA